AUGAAUUCGAGGGUGCGUGGUGUCGUUAUUCUUGUGCUUUUAACGGCGCUUUUUGCUAUCGAUUGUGCAGUUAUCCCGCAGGGAAAUCAAGUGGAAGCCGCUUUUCUGGAAAAUAACAGAACUCAAAUUGCCCCGACUUACUACAAACGAUUUCUACAUGGGUUUCUCGCGUCCGUCUACGUAAUCAUCAUAUCUGAACUCGGUGAUAAGACGUUUUUUAUCGCUGCGAUACUGUCAAUUAAUCAUCCAAGACUACUUGUUUAUGGUGGUGCUAUGUUCGCACUGAUUACAAUGACUGUUUUGUCUGCUUUGCUUGGUUUUGCCACUGAGGUGCUUCCGCGUGUUUAUACCUACUAUGCGUCUGGGUUCCUGUUCGUUUUGUUCGGAAUUAAGAUGUUAAAAGACGCUUAUAACAUGAAGCCUGAGGAUACCAAGGAGGAAUACAAGGAAGUUCAGCAGCAGCUCUCAACCAACGAAAUAAGGGAAAUAACGUCAUGCAUUCAUAUUCGAAACGUUCUUCUAAGCAUUCUCUCCCCAGUUUUUGUUGAAGCGUUUAUGAUGACAUUCUUGGCAGAGUGGGGAGAUAGGUCGCAGAUUACGACCAUUGUUCUGGCAGCUCGUGAAGUAAGUUAUCAGGUCUUUGUCGGUCUUUUUCUAGGGAAGGACAAACUCUGCGCUUGCAUAGAUACAAUCUGCUCACGUUUGUGUUUAUUUUCAUUGAUCUUUAAUGAUGUGAUCGGUGUUAUUGCCGGCGGUGUACUGGGCCAUGGCUUGUGUACAGGUUUGGCUGUUCUUGCUGGUCGUGUUGUGGCUCAGCGUAUUCCCGUCAAGUGGUUAACUUACAUUGGUGGCGUUACCUUCUUGCUGUUCGGCAUUGCAACCUUUGCCACUCAUCCAUAUUCUCGAUAA